UCGUUUGGUUUGGUCUGUUGGAAAAGACAGAUCUCUCUCUCGCUCAGGUCUCAACAGUCUUCGAGUGCUUCACAAUUCGAAGCUUGAGCUCUCUCUCUCUCUCCAACAAUGUCUGACCACCCCGACGAACCAGCGGUUCAGCAGAACGGAGGACUCGAAUCUGAGCCGCUGCCAAUUGAAGAGUCUGGACCUGAACCGGAACCGGAGCCUGAACCGACCCCGGAGCCACAAUCUGAAUCAAAUUCGGAGUCGCGACCUGAACCUGAACAAAAACCGGAAGCUGUUGCAGAUCCCAAGUUGGACGCAUCCACCGGAGAAACCACGAUCCGAUCCAAUGACGACGCCCAGAGCUCUCUCUCCGCCACGCAGGAGAUUGCGUAUCCCGAGCUGCGUAAGGACCAAGGGAACCGAACUUUCACCAUGAGAGAGUUGCUUAAUGGACUCAAAACUGAUCAGGGGAACGACGCUGCUUAUGAGACAUCAUCUCCUUACAGUCAAGAAACCCCUCAUCAAGAAAGCACAGAGCAGAACAAUGCUGCAAUGGAUUUGAUUAAUAGCGUCACGGGUGUUGACGAGGAAGGUCGAUCACGCCAAAGAGUUCUUACAUUUGCUGCCAAGAGGUAUGCAAGUGCAAUAGAGAGAGAUCCAGAAGAUUACGAUGCACUAUACAACUGGGCAUUGGUUCUUCAGGAAAGUGCAGAUAAUGUUAGUCCAGAUUCUACCUCACCUUCUAAAGAUGCUUUGCUUGAGGAAGCUUGCAGAAAAUAUGAUGAAGCUACCCGCCUUUGCCCGACACUCCAUGAUGCUUUUUAUAAUUGGGCCAUAGCAAUAUCUGAUAGAGCAAAAAUGCGCGGCCGUACAAAGGAAGCUGAAGAGUUAUGGAAGCAGGCUACAAAAAACUAUGAAAAAGCUGUCCAGCUCAAUUGGAACAGCCCGCAGGCACUUAACAACUGGGGACUUGCUCUGCAGGAACUGAGUGCAAUUGUGCCUGCAAGAGAAAAGCAAACGAUUGUAAGAACUGCCAUUAGUAAGUUCCGUGCAGCUAUUCAAUUGCAGUUUGAUUUCCACCGAGCAAUUUACAACCUUGGAACUGUUCUGUACGGCUUAGCAGAGGAUACUCUAAGAACUGGGGGAUCUGGCAAUCCCAAAGAUGUUUCCCCUAAUGAGUUGUACAGCCAAUCUGCUAUCUACAUUGCAGCUGCUCAUGCAUUGAAACCAAAUUACGGUGUUUAUAGCAGUGCCUUACGGCUUGUGCGUUCCAUGCUUCCUUUGCCCUAUCUUAAAGUUGGUUAUCUAACUGCACCACCUGCGGGGAAUCCAGUUGCACCUCAUAAUGAGUGGAAACGUUCACAGUUUGUUUUGAAUCAUGAAGGGCUUCAACAGAUAAGCAAAGGCGAUCAAAAGCAAGGAUCCACAGGCAUGUCUGGUAUAUCAGGCGAUGCAGCAAAGAUGGACAAAAGAUCUAUCAGAGUUGAUGUUCCAGAUAUUGUUUCUGUAUCAGCUUGUGCUGAUCUGACUUUACCACCUGGUGCAGGCCUCUCCAUUGAUACAGUUCAUGGAACUGUCUUUUUGGUUGCUGACUCUUGGGAAUCCCUUGAUGGAUGGCUCGACGGGAUCCGCCUAGUUUACACAAUCUACGCUCGAAACAAGAGUGAUGUUUUGGCAGGUAUUAUAGCAUAACUUUGUUGAGUCCAUGUACAAUAAUAUAUGAACCAAGAUUGCUUUCUCUAAGAGUUAUUUGUAUAUUGCAAAAUUUUUGUUCAAUUAUUUCAGCUGGUUUCUUUUACAUUUCUGUAGUUUUGUUUAGACUUGGAAUUCAAUAAACUGUAACUCAAAUGAAGCCAAGUUUUUAUUGUAGCUUGGAAAUUAAUCUUCAAAAUGGAUGCCUUUAGCA